AUAGGCCGCUUGAUGCGGAAACACCGUAUUCGUAUAGGUUGCAUGCGCAAUUACCUAUUCGCCUACACACUCGCCCCCAACCUUUUGCACUUACGAGCGGUUUGGCAGGCAGAUGUACAGGCGCGCGACGGCGACGGUGAAAGGCGCCGGUGCGGCGACACGGCCACACGGCGUACCUGGGCGUCUUUCACCGCCUUGGACCCUUUCGCCCCAAAUAAUAAGGCCGAUCCUUCCAAUAAGCACCACUCAGCUUACUACAAGACGAAUCCUAAAGGGCGGGCUUUCCAGCCUUUUCAAUCACAUCUGCUCACCCAUUUCAACGCACGGCAAACCAAUCGCCAGAGACGACAAGAUGAGCACAACGACAACGACCGUCACGACCGUCAUGGAGCCCAUCACGGCGGACAACAUCAUCCGCCUGUUCGGCGCAGACAUCAACACCGAGGUGAUUGGCGGGAACGCACGCCAGGGGAAUGACCGCGGCAACGACGCCGACCUGGCGGGCUACGACGAGGAGCAAAUCCGCCUCAUGGACGAAAUGUGCAUCGUCCUCGACGAGAACGAUUCGCCGAUCGGCAGCGCGAGCAAGAAAGUUUGCCACCUGAUGGACAACAUCAACAAAGGUCUCCUCCACCGCGCCUUCAGCGUCUUCCUCUUCGACGACCAAAACCGCCUCCUCCUGCAGCAGCGCGCCAGCGAGAAAAUCACAUUCCCCGACAUGUGGACCAACACCUGCUGCUCGCACCCGCUGGGUGUGCCCACAGAGACGGGCGCAGACCUGCCUACCUCGAUCGCGGGCGCCAAGCGCGCCGCUCAGCGCAAGCUGCAGCAGGAGCUGGGAAUCCCGCCAGCGGAGGUCCCGCCGCAGGACUUCAAGUUCCUGACGCGCAUCCAUUACCUGGCGCCCAGCGACGGGAAGUGGGGCGAGCACGAGAUCGAUUAUAUUCUUUUCAUCAAGCCCAAGAGCGGCGUCUCGCUCGAUGUCAACCCGAAUGAGGUCCGCGAUACGACGUUUGUGAGCCAGCAGGAGUUGAAGGAUAUGUUUAAGCAGCCCGGCCUGAAGUUCACGCCGUGGUUUAGGCUUAUUUGCGAGAGUAUGCUGUACGAGUGGUGGGACCAUUUGGAUGAGGGCAUGGAUUCUUACAAGGAGGAGUCGGAAAUCAGGCGUAUGUAAGGAGGCCUGGUUGCUUGCCUCUUCUGGGGCUGAGGGGGUGGAGAGGUGUGGACUUGGACAUGUGGGUCGAUGAUACCCGAAUGCGAUAGAGCUGCUGCGGCAUACACGAGGA